UUGGCACUACGAUAUAUCUAUGAAACGAAUCGGCCAAAGCCGUACGGUCACUAAUGUCGGUUCCGCUCUCGAGUUUCAUAACGUCUGCUUCGGUAACUUGUGCGAAAUCUACCGACGCAUUUGGAACUCAUCAGACGAGGAGCAGUUUUGCUAGUCAGAAUGAAGAAGAAGCGCUCAACUGUAUGGAGGCACUUCAAAGAAGAAUCUGAUAAUAAAGUAUCUUGUAGGACGUGUCACAAGAUUCUUACAAACCAUGGCAAUACCUCAAUUAUGUUACGUCAUCUUCGUGGUAAACACCCUGAACUGGUUGGUUGUCUUUUAGAGUUGGAUGGACCAACUGUAACUGGUGAAGUUACGUGGCCAGUAGAUAACCAGCCACAGCAAGUGGAUGAAGCUGAAGCUGUUGUUGACAAUACUUCAACAGGGGGUAAUAAAAAGCGCUCUACUGUAUGGAGGCAUUUUCAAGAAGAGGGGAAUGACAAAGUGAGCUGCAGAAUAUGCCGUGAAAAAUUGGCAAAGCAUGGCAAUACUUCUUCAAUGCUACGGCAUCUUCGUGGAAAACAUCCUCAGUUGAAAUUACCCUUGUUUCAGGGUGAAAGAAAGUCCAGCCGCUUUCAUCUGAAAACUAAUAUGACCGAAUCUAGGUUUAUGGCAAUAUGUGAUCGGUUGUUGCGUAAUAAUCAGCUGACUGAUUGCACUCUUGUUGCUGAAGGCCAGUUUGUUCAAGCUCAUCGUUUGGUAUUAGCAUCGUGCAGUGAAAGUUUUGAGGAGAUUUUCAGAAAUGUUACUCAGGUAAAUCCUGUCAUCGUUCUUCGCGAUGUUUCAAUUCAAGAAUUACGAGGUUUGAUAAACUACAUGUAUAAAGGAGAAACACUUGUUAAGUCAAAUGAACUUCAUGGACUUCUGAAAGCAGCAGCUCAGUUGAAAAUUAAAGGAUUAAGUCAAGUUGGUUUAUCUGAUACAUGGCUAGAGCCAUCGUCAUCACAGUCAAAUGGAAGUGGGAGACUGCAUCCAAAAGAAGAUCUUUCAUACUACCAUCAUGAUGACAAUGACUUGGAAGACAUGGAAGAUGAGAUGGAACAUCAUAUUGUCCAACCAGCAACAUCUUUCAACAAAAGGCAUGCUACCUUAGACUUGAUGAGCAUGUGCGAGGAUGUAGAUCUUGGAGGUGGACCUGCAACAAAAGAUGGUCCCCAUGCAGAAGACAGACUACUGAAGAGAGUUCAGAUUAAAGUUGAGCACGGAACAGCUUUAGUUGACUCAGAACCUCAACCUGACAACCAUCUACCUCAGCAGCAAGAACCUCACACUGCCACUCAUUACAUAUCUGCUGGAGAAGAAGUUGUUAUACACCAAAAUAGUCAUGAAAUACAGCAUACUCACCGUGGUGAUGAGACCAUUGAAGCUACAGUUACAAUGGCGCAUGAUCCUCUCAGCACUAACAGUGACUUGGAGGCCCCAAGUAUAACCUCUGCACCCAUACUAGAAGAUGGCAGCCAACAACAGCCUACUACUUCACAUACUACCAUUGAUGAGGAUGGUUUGAUCCUUCUUGGCCUUUCUGGGGGGGAAACUCACACUACUAUCAUAAGUGCAGGAACGUCAACACCAUUGCAUACAUCAGAGACCCAGAGACCAACAAUUGCUCGCCGACCUCGAAAAUAUACAAAACGUGACCUUAUGACAGCAUUAAAAUUGGUUGAUGAAGGACACCUUGCUCUGAAACCAGCUGCUAGAGCAUUUAACAUUCCUGUUACAACGCUUUAUACUGCCAGUAAACGAAGAGAUGCUACGGGAAGUGCCAUGAAGGAGGAAAACAAAUAAAAAAUUGCUGCUCUGAAUAUAAAAACCACAAUGAAGCUUAGCGGCAGUGCUCAGUACAGAGUUUUAGUGUGUAGGUUCACCAUUAAUACUAUUUAAUCCUUAGUCUGUCCACUAUUCUCUCUUGUGCACUUUCUGCUUAAAUUCCCAUCUGGUCAAGGCACAGUGUAAUGAAAACUUUAAUAUCUCGGUUGGAGACAAGGGGUUACAAGUUAAUGUGGAAGGUUGAAUAUAAAGAGUUUUUUAUGCAUGAAAUACAGCAGUCUAAUUGUACUGCAGUGUUGUAGCAAAAGUUCUGUUGAUCUGUAAACUAUGCGACUGCUUAGGAUACCAAAAUGUUUCUUUAAUCUUGAUAAGAGUAUUUCCUUAGUGAUUUCUGUAACUCCUCUGAAAUUAAUUUUCCUACAUAAAAAACUUCAAAUGAUUUCCUAUGCAGUACUGUGGCUCCUCAACAUACAAAUGAUUUGUUAUUUGUAUUUUUAUUAUACAAAGUAAAAUUUCAGAAAAAUGUUAUUUCCAUGUAAGAGCUAAAAAUUCAAUUUACGAGCUGUUUGGUGGAAACUGGUGCACAACCAGCCGGGAUUGUGGGUGUAUGAGAGGAGACAGGAUCUCCUUGGGCCUGGAUGAUAGGGGCAGGGCCAUGUGGACAUAGGGACAGAAGGGUACAUCGUGUGAUGGUGAUGAAUAACAACCAUUCUUCUUUAAACCCUACUGUGAAACCUUACUCGUAAGUGGUGUUACUACACUAAAAUGAAGUAAAAUUCACUCGUAAUUGGAAACAGGUUCUUAAGUAAUGAGAGAAAAUGUUUUAAAAUUUUGAUUAGAAAUAAUACAGGAAUGAAUGCAAUACCAAACAAAAACUAAUUUCAGUUUUCUUCUGCAGAUGUAAAAGAAACCCAAAAGAUUACCGAGUAUAAUUAUUUUAAGAAAAAUACUAUUUAAGAAAAAUACUAUGGUUAAUACUUAUAAGUAAACAAGUUCUACUCAGUAA